AUGUCUCCAACGCUGCCACCUUCCGCACUUCCAACACUACCACCACCUUCUGCGCCUUUACAACCUUCAAGUAAAGCAAAAGGAGAAUCUCCUUACAGUGUAAGAGAAGAGUGUGAGGUUAAGAUGAACAGAAUGCACUUGAGAAUUGCUGAAUGUUUGAAAGAAUCACAAAAUACUGCUGCCUUAUUAGCAACUUUCAAUGAAAUUGAUAUGAUUGUCAAACUUGAAUUUAUGUCCACAUUUGUAAAGGCUUCUACUAUUGCACUCCAGGAAGUUCUAGCUGUCAAUGCAUCUAUUGCAGAAUCCAGUGAUACUAUCAUAUACAGGGACUAUGUUGAUAUGAGCACUGCAGUUGCUAUACUGAAAGGCCCGGCGGCUAGGGCACUCAAUACUAUUUUGAGAAGGAAGGCUAAAAAAGCUCUGGGGAAGGAGUAG